UGGUUAUAACUGCAGAACAACUGGCCUAGCUUGUCCUCUUAACACCGCGUGUGCCUGGGCGAGCUCCACUGUGAAUAGCUCCACUGGAAGUGAGAGUAUACACACACACACACACAAAACUCAAGCACAGCCGUCCAGGCAGCGGUGAAUUAGGAAGGGGUUUGAUCAUGGCUACAACGAGAGACGGGGAUCAGCUGAACGGCACCUCCAACGGCGACAUUUACCCGGACAAUAAGAAGAGUGCUGCCAACGGCGACAGUGCAGCGAGCGGCGGCGACAAAGUAGCGAGCGGCGGCGACAAAGUAGCGAGCGGUGGCGAGAGUGUGGCGACCGCCGGCGACAAUGUAUCCAGCGGUCGCAAGCCGGCGGACAAGCUGGGGAAGGUGAAGGGCUGCAUCAGGGGGAAUCUCCUGGUCAUCCUGACCGUGACCGGGGUCAUAGUCGGCGUGGUGAUCGGCCUGUCGGCGAGGAGACUGGGACUGAGCAGAGUGCAGGUGAUCUACUUCUCCUUCCCGGGAGAGCUGCUGAUCCGGCUGCUGAAGAUGAUCAUCAUCCCGCUGGUGGUGUGUAGCCUUGUGACCGGGGCCGCCAGCCUGGACACUAAAGCCCUAGGCAAGCUGGGCGGCUGGGCCAUCCUCUUCUUCUUCAUCACCACCCUCCUGGCCGCCACCGUCGGCGUGGUCAUGGCCUAUAUCAUCAAACCAGGAGAUGGAGCCGAAUCCAAAGCCCAGCUGCCUGGCUUGGAAGAUCCACUCACAGAGCCCAAAGAAAUCACCGACUCCUUCCUGGAUUUGGUGAGGAACAUCUUCCCGUCCAACCUUGUCUCAGCUGCUUUUGUAUCGUACACUACAGCUUACAAGACCAUAAAGCUUCCAUACAAUAUUACUGACGAGUUUGGAAAUGUUAACGAGACCAUGCAAGAAAUUAAGAUUCCUAUUCCGUCCAACGUGGAAGGAAUGAACAUCCUGGGGCUGGUUGUGUUUGCCAUUGUCUUUGGAAUAGCCCUGCGGAAACUUGGAACGGAAGGGGAGAACCUGAUCAAUUUCUUCUACUCCUUCAACGAGGCCACCAUGAUCCUAGUCUCGUGGAUCAUGUGGUAUGCACCCUUUGGUAUCAUGUUCCUGGUUGCGGGGAAGAUUGUGGAGAUGGAGAAUGUCUGGCUGUUGUUCUCCAGCCUGGGGAAGUACAUCUGCUGCUGCCUCGUGGGGCAUAUGAUUCACGGCUUGAUCCUGUUGCCCCUCAUCUAUUUUGUCAUCACUCGCAGAAACCCCUACACCUUCCUGUGGGGCAUCUUCACGGCACUAGUCACCGCCUACGGAACAGCGUCCAGCUCUGCCACGCUGCCCCUCAUGAUGAAGUGUGUGGAAGAAAACAAUGGCGUCAGCAAGCAGAUCAGCCGAUUUAUUCUGCCCAUCGGUGCCACUGUGAACAUGGACGGUGCUGCUCUCUUCCAGUGUGUUGCUGCCGUCUUUAUAGCUCAGCUCAACAAGAUCCCUCUGGACUUCGUGCAGGUCAUCACCAUACUAGUGACUGCCACUGCUUCGAGUGUGGGGGCUGCUGGAAUCCCAGCGGGAGGGGUACUGACGCUCGCCAUCAUCCUGGAGGCCGUGGGGCUACCCACCAGCGAAAUCUCGCUGAUUCUCGCAGUCGACUGGCUGGUAGAUCGUUCCUGCACAGUCAUCAACGUGGAGGGGGAUGCCAUUGGAGCGGGUAUCCUGCAAGCUUACGUGGACAAGCAGCAGAGCCGAGCGCUUCAGGUGGAGGAGCUCACCGAGGUGAAGACGGAAGGAAUGAAGCCCGAUGAAGAAGGGGCUCCCCUGCUCAAAGACGUGAUGGUUUCCCUUGAAGGUCACAAGAGCCCCCUGGAGAAGGAGUCGGUGAUGUGAGCCUUCAAAGUGAGGAUCGGUUUAUCUAUAUGUACCUGGACAAAUACUUGAGAAACUCGUGCUGAGGAAAUCACAGUGGAUUCUUCAGCUCCAUGCACCCCUAACCGCACACUAACACUCAGCAAGACGUGAAGUGGGCGACUAAGGGUUUUGGAUACCCAGUGACAAUAUUCGUUAUACACCCUUCCCAUCUCUUGCCUAGAUAUUUCAGCCUAGAAACCGUUCUUACCUGAAGCACCAAAACGUUCACAGUCUCUAUUGAAGAUUCUGACGAUGCCUCUAACCUGGCAUCUCUCCGUGGACCUGAGGAAACCAGCUUUAAUCUUCCGUUUCC